AAAAUAAUUAGGUAUUUAUUUUUAUCAAGCUACAUUCUCGUUUUAUUUUGUAUUUUAGAAAAAAAAAAGUAAUUCCUUACCCUUUGUAUUAUUUUAAUUACGAUCAUUGGUGAGUGGUGAAACAAUUUCUAGAAAUAAUUUCACUUUAUUAUUAUACUUAAACCAUAAGUUUACACAAAACAAAACAAUAACAAAGAAGACAAUUUAUACUUAUAGAAAAAUGAAUAAUAAAAAACUGAUUCUAAAAAUAUACGAGGCAGAAAAUUAAAAAAACACACGAAUGAACUUGAAGAAGCGGUCUCUUGUGACAUCUGUCAAGUUCAUUCAUGUAGGGGUGGCAAGAUAGAUAGGAAUUGAUGUCAAAUAGGUAGUGAAGAAAAGUAGACUGAACUCAAAUUUAAAGUGGAAUUGAAAAAAGGAAAAAACAAAACAAAAUAAUGCUUUACUUUUUUCAUUGAUGAAAUUGGUUUCCAAUUCGUUUUUAUUUGGUAUUUCUCUAGGUACCUACUUAACUAUGCAUUCUUGUUAGGUUCCAAUUAUUUACAAGAUUCAUCGAGUUCAGGGUUAAAUUCUUGCACUUAAUGCCUUCUUUAAACCUUGUUUUAAUCAUUUAUAUCUCUACCAGGGAUUUACAAAACAAACGAAAAUUGCUGGAAAAAUCAUUACAACGACUUUCAGUCAUUAAAGAACAAAUUCCAUUCCUGGAAAGAGAAUGUGAAACAUUACAGCCAACAAUACACGAUAAAAAAAUCCAAGUUGAACGGCUAGAGAACGAAGUAGAAGCUGAAAAGGAAGUUGAAACAGAGGCCGAAAUAACCACAAACGGAGCUAAAACCACGUUGAAAAAUUGUGAAAAGAAAUUGAACUCUAGAAAACAAGAAUUCGAACAACAGGUUGCUCAAAUCCAGGUCGUGUGGGAAAACGUUUGUGAAAAUCUACAGUCACUUUCGUCAACUGAUAUAACUUUAUUAAAAACAAUGAAAAAUCCACCUAAACCUCUGAAAGCUGUAGUAGAAGCUUUGGCUAUCAUCAAGGUCGUUUUUUUCAACAACGUCGCCCUCUUUUUAUUUCUCAUAGACUAUUUUUAAAUAAUUUUUUGAAUCUUUUAUAAAUAGGAAAU